AUGAAGCUGUGGGUACGACUAAGUCACUUCAACAACGUCUGCCGUUUCUACGGUGCUUGUUACUUUACAGCAACUCCCUUUAUCGUGAUGGAGUACUGUGAUUUGGGAUCACUCGAUAAGUUUCUCCGACAAGAAGGGGUCGGUCGAUGCCAGGCAAGCAUCGAUAUUCUCACUCAAGCUGCUCGAGCGAUCAUCAAGAUGCAUUCGAAGGGGAUCGUCCAUGGAGACUUGAAGUGUGAUAAUAUCCUGGUCACGGGAAGAGCUGACCCGCAAGCGAAAGUCUGCGACUUCGACCGCAGCUUUGACUGGAGCGCACUGAAAUCCCGGCGGCUCGUGAAUGGGACGGCAGCAGAGGCGGGGAUCGAAAUCACGGACGCUGUGCGCUAUUUGGCGCCGGAGUGUGUGGAGGGGAUGCUACCCAACAGUAAAUCGGACGUCUACUCGUUCGGAAUGACGCUCUAUCACGCUCUUGCUGGGGUGUCGCCGUAUUCCGACAUCAGUUGCGACGAAGAGCUGCGAGCGUGUAAGUUGGCACGCGAACUGCCGAUCCGAAACGUCCAAUCUAUCAGCGAUGGUGCUUGGAAGCUUAUCACUCACUGCUGUGACCCCGCACCAGACCAACGCCCAACCAUGGAUAAAGUUUUGGAAGGGUUG